GCGGUGCAGGGAGAUUGGUGAUUGGCUGAGAUGCGGCCAGGUUGCUGUGCAGACUGCGGAUUCGGGCAGUAGCGGUUGUACUGUUUUAAUUUCAAAUAGGCGGCGUUCGGUGGAGCUGGAAUCUCUGCAGCGGGAUGAAGUUCGUUCGCUUCCUCAUGAAGAACGCGGCCUUGUCAAACGUGCCCAAGCAGAUCGACCAUUUCUCUAAGUUCUCUCCCUCACCGCUGUCCAUUAAACAGUUCUUGGAUUUCGGCUCAACAAAUGCCUGUGAGAAGACAUCCUUUAUGUUUCUGAGGCAGGAGCUGCCUGUGAGACUGUCUAAUAUUAUGAAGGAAAUCAACCUUCUCCCAGAUCGGCUACUUGGCACACCUUCCGUUCAGUUAGUUCAAAGCUGGUAUGUCCAAAGUCUCUUGGAUAUUCUUGAGUUUUAUAAUCGGAAUCCUGAUGAUCACAGUGUUUUAUCAAGUUUCACAGGUACAUUAAUUACAAUCAGGAAUAGGCACAAUGAAGUUGUUCCAACUAUGGCCCAAGGUGUGAUUGAAUACAAAGAAUCAUUUUAUGAAGACAGUGUCACCAGUCAGAAUAUACAGUACUUUCUAGAUCGAUUUUACAUGAGCCGGAUUUCUAUUCGAAUGCUCAUCAAUCAACAUACAUUAAUUUUUGGUGGCACAACAAAUCCAGCACACCCAAAGCAUAUAGGCAGUAUUGAUCCUGACUGUGAAGUUGUUGCUGUUGUUAGGGAUGCCUAUGAAACUGCCAAACUGCUUUGUGACCAAUAUUAUAUGGACUCCCCAACCCUGGAAGUGGACCAAUACAAUGCUGUGAGUAGUUCAGGACCAGUCCACAUUGUUUAUGUGCCAUCACAUCUCUACCAUAUGCUGUUUGAACUUUUCAAGAACGCCAUGAGAGCUACUGUGGAAAAUUAUGAAUCCAGUCCUCAUCUUCCACCUAUUAAAGUAAGAGUUGCAUUGGGUGGAGAAGAUGUUACAAUUAAGAUGAGUGAUAAAGGUGGAGGCGUCCCCUUGAGCAAGAUAGACCGGUUGUUCAGUUACAUGUAUAGCACAGCUCCGAAACCACACUUGGGAAGUUCUGGAGGUGCACCACUGGCUGGUUUUGGGUAUGGGCUGCCUAUUUCAAGACUUUAUGCCAAGUACUUUCAAGGGGACCUUCAGCUCUAUUCAAUGGAGGGUUUUGGGACAGAUGCAGUCAUUUACCUAAAGGCUUUAACAAAAGAUUCUGUAGAAAGGCUACCAGUUUAUAACAAAUCUGCCUGGCGCCAUUACCAACAUAAUCACGAGGCUGACGAUUGGUGUAUACCUAGUAGUGAUCCAAAGAACUUGGCUGUACACAAGAUCCACCACUGAUGCACAAAGCCGCCACUUCAGUGAUAUGGAAAAGAAUGAAUGUAGCUCUAUAACCAUUUGAAAUAACAGGCAGCCACAGAAUAUGAUUCUUAGAUGCAGCAUGGUUCUUUUAGUAGAAUAGAGGGGAUCAUAGAAGUAUGCUGUCUCCUAAUUAUCAACUUUGAGUUGAUCCUGUACCUUUUUUGAUAGAAUAUCACUAUCCAGUGUUGGGACACAUCACACAUGUAGGAAGAAGGGAAAAAGAUGGCAUUAUAAAUAUAAAUGCAUUCCAAGAUUAACAACCCCAAUUGCAAGCACUUCGGGUGUCAUUAAAAGUAGAUUGAUAAAUAAGAAAUGUGGCCAGGUUAGCCAGAUUGCAGGAGACUGGACUUUUUUCCUACCUAUAAAUACCACAGAUGAAUUUCAGAUUGUUUUCCUAUGAAGAAAGAUCAUAUUUCACUUGUCAUGUUUUAUGAUACAUAUUUUCUGUAUGCUAUUAGUCUAAAUGACAUUUCACAAUCCAGUCAAAAUACAUUAAAAUGUUGAGGUAUGUAUGAUUAUAUUAUUAAAGUCAACAUUUUCGUUAGAUGUGUUGUACAGAUUGAUUCUGAAAUCAUAUGAUCUUCAAAAGUUCUUGGUUGACAUAGGGAUGAGUUAGAAAUAUAUCUUGAAGUAUAGGAACAUGUAUAUAACAUUCAGACCAUCAUACUAUUGUUUCUGUUAACCAUACUAAUAUAUUCAUUCUAAUUUCUUUAUUUCAUGUCUUUUUUUAUUCUGCAUAUACUCAUUAUGAAGCAAUGACACUUUGGCACAUUAUUUCCUGACUUCCAGUUUCAUUUGUUUGGUGGAGGAGUGGUGUUGGGGACUGGAUCUACUUAGCUUUUCAUUACAUUUACAAUAUUGUAUUUCCAUGCUGUGCAUUCUCUAGCAAGAAAGAACUAUCUUCCUUGUCAAUUUCCUUUGUAAUUUUUAGUGGCAGCAGCCGAAUGGUCUUAGCUGCCUUUUCUGGAAGUACUACCCAUAUUUAUUCUGUUUAAGUAACUGCUCCCACUUCUCCCCAUCAAUAUGCUAAAUAUAACGGUUUUUCCUCAAUAUCUGUUAACCUUAACAUGGGAAGGCCAAAAAGAACAUUCAGAGCAAUACUAUAUAAUUAGUGACUGUCUGCUUUUAUAUUCUCAGUCUUUUUAUGAAGAAGCUUCCUCUUCCCUACCUCACUUCUAUCACUCCCUAUUUCCAUCUGCUAGGAAGGGAUUUAUGAUUAGGGUUAUGCAUCUACUAGAAAGAUCACUUAACACAACUGCAUUAAACAUGGCAAUGUUCUAUUUGUCUAUUUACCUGCUGCCUGGAAAUUGCUCUCUUUCUCAACAUGGUAUAUAUUCCAAACUUUCCUAUUCAAUAUUCAGAUUUAUUUUAAUAUAUUAGUAAAAUGUUCCAUGUUUAUUUUUAUUUGUGUAUUAAUUCUGAGUGCAUCUGUGCAUGUGCUUUACAUAGAAUGUGCCAAAGAUUGCAUUGGUGUGAAAAGUAAAACUGGUUUUUCAAAUUUUGAAGCAUUUAUUAAUGGGGUUUUGUUAAUCUAUCUGUUAAUUUGGUUUGCUUGUUUCUUUCUUUAAUUUUGUAAUACAUGAACACUAAUGUGUGAUUAGUUUUGGUUCUGAAUUCACAGUACUUUUGUAUGUCUGUGUACAUUGACAUUGCAUAUAGACUUGAAAGUAGAAUCCUGUUCAACAUGACAAAAACGUUUUAACUUCUGUUAAAUCUUAAAAGUUGUUCAAAUGUGGUUCACAAUGCACUAUCAAAAUCAUUUUAAAAUAAAAUGGAUAACUUUAAUUGUGUUUC